GAGAGAGAGAGAGAGAGAGAGAGAGAGAGAGAGAGAGAGAGAGAGAGAGAGAGGGGGAGAGCGAGAAAAGGAGAGCGACAGACGAAUCCUCUCGGAACCUCCGCGCUCAGAGGCGUCAGUUGAGCGCGAGAUCAAGCCUCCCAUCACCCUCGUCGCAUGGUCUGCUCAGACAACGCGUCAAUCAAGGAACAUUAGUGGUAAUAGCCGGGCAGAAGGCCGUAGAACCGCAACGCGACCGCGCAACGAGAACCAGUGAUGGAGAGCCUGCUGGAUAAUCCAAUGAAAGCUGUUCUUUAUCUGAAGGAAUUAACCACUAUCGUUCAGAACCAGCAGAGCCUGAUCCAGACACAGCGCCAACGCAUCGACGAGCUAGAGCGCAAGGUCGAGGACCUGAUCGGGGAAAACCGGACACUGCGGGACCCCCACCAGUACGUCCACACCAGCCACCACUCGCACCACCACCACCCGCCCCAGCGGAGCACCAGUCCCCCGGCUCAGGUACACCUUCACCAGCAGCAGCAGCAGCAGCAGCAGCAGCAGCAGCAGGCGAGCCACAAAGCCGCGGUUCACCCGAGCCAAGCGGCUCAGCAGCAGCAGCAGCCGGCACCGCCGCCGCAGCAGCCCCAGCCGCAGCAGAUACCGAGCCACUCCGCCCAGCCUCAGCACCAUCCGACCCUCCCCGCUCCGUCUCCCCACCAGCCCCAGCACCACCCGACCCUCCCCGCUCCGUCUCCCCACCACCCACAGCACCACCCGAACCUCCCCGCUCCGUCUCCCCACCACCCACAGCAGCUGCAGCUGGUUCCUACCUCGACGCAGCCUCCUCAAACCAGCCAAUCGAGCCCGGACUCCGCCAGGGACGAUAAGAGGAGUCCCUGCUGCAAGUCCCUGGUCCCCCAGACCCCGACCACCCUCUGCCGCUCCGUGGGCAUCGCCAGGAAAACAGACAACCAGACGGUGCUGCACCAGUUCUGCUGCCCGGCGCCCGAGGCCUCUGAGGGGGAGCCAUCCUCCGCCUGUGUCCCCAGCGAUGACCCUCCUGUAGACGCGUCUUUGGGGGACAAUGGGAAGGGAGGAGAGGGGGAGCCGCGGCCCCCGCCUCAGUGUGAGGAGCACCAGCAUCAGGCACAGCCUGAGCCCCCCCUGCAGCCCCCCCUGCAGCCCCCCCUGCAGCCCCAGCAACACUCUCCCACACAGCCACAGCCACAGCCCCAGCCAGAGCCAGAGCCAGAGCCAGAGCCAGAGCCAGUGGCACAACAGGAACCACAACAGGAACCAGAACAGGAACCAGAACAGGAACAGGAACCAGAACAGGAACCUGAACAGGAACAGGAACCACAACAGGAACAGGAACCAGAACAGGAACAGGAACCAGAACAGGAGCCAGAGCUGGAGGCGGAGCUCGCGCCCGAGCCCCCGGCCAGCACCCCUCCUGGGGACGGGCCCUGUGAGCACGCCGUCCGGGCCAGCCCCCCCGCGGACCCCCCCGCCGCCGACGUCCCCGGGCCCGGCGGGGAGGAGCACGAAGAGGAGGUGCAGCCAGACGGCGGGCCGGAGGAGGAGCAGGAGGAGGUGGUGCAGCGCGGGGCGGCGGAGGAGGAGGAGGGGGGAGGAGAGGAGCAGGAGCAGGAGGAGGAGCAGGAGGAGGAGGAGGGGGGAGGAGUGAAAGGAGGCGGGGCGGGGCGGCGGGCCAGCCUGCACCACUCUGCCUCCCCCCUGAGGGGGGGCCCCCACUCGGCCACCUCCGAGUAUGAGCUGUCACUCGACCUCAAAAACAAGCAGAUCGAAAUGUUAGAGCACAAGUACGGCGGCCACCUCAUCUCCCGCCGCGCCGCCUGCAAGAUCCAGACGGCCUUCCGCCAGUACCAGCUCAGCAAGAACUUCGAGAAGAUCCGCAACUCCCUGCUGGAGAGCCGGCUCCCGCGCCGCAUCUCGCUGCGGAAGGUGCGCGUGCAGAACGCCGAGGGCUUCUCCGCCGAGCGGGCCCUGGCCGAGGGCUGCGGCCUGGCCGGCGUGCCGCUGGUGCGCUCGCCGUCGCUGCCCGCCGCCGUGGGCGGGUCCCUGACCGACCUGGAGGACUCCUUCACCGAGCAGGUGCAGUCGCUGGCCAAGUCCAUCGACGACGCGCUCAGCAACUGGAGCCUGAAGACCAUGUGCUCCCUGCAGGAGGCCGGCGGCUACCAGUUCACCGCAGAGUCCUUCAGCGCUGCUGCGGCCGCGGCGGCGGCGGCUGCGGCGGCGGCGUCCGGGACGGGGGUAGCGGGUGGAGAGGGCGAGCGAGGAGGGAACAAGGAGGCGACGACGCUGAACCCGUUGGACCCGGGGGACCUGUCCCGGAGCGCCAGCAAGCUGAUGAUGGCGUUCCGGGACGUCACCGUGCAGAUCGACAGCCAGAACUUCCGCGUCUCCUCCUCGGUCGUGGAGUCCUCCGCCUCGGUUGCCCUGGGCAACUGUGUACCGCCGCCCCCCUGCGCCCUCACGACCGCCGCGACGGCCGCCUCGACCGCCACCUCACCCCCCGCGUUCGUCCCGCCCGGACCCCCCCACGAACCCGACCCCCCGCCCGUAGGGUCCCCGGUACACCCGACCGGAGACCCCCCGCUGGCCCCGCAGGAACCCCCGCCCCCCCCGGACGCAGGGCCGGAAGAAGAGGAAUGCCAGUACGCCGACUUCCCGGCCCCGCCCCCCAGCGAGGAGGAGCUGGUGGAGGACGACGAACAGCCGCCGCUGACCCCCCUGGACCGGAUGGCCGCCCCCGUCGCCGCCGCCUCCGGCAGCACAGCCCCCCCCCCCCCGCCGCCGCCCACGGCGACGGCGUCCCCCGCGUCCCCCGCGGCCCCGCCCCUGGAGGCGCGCCGCAGCGGCUCGGAUCCGGCGGACUGCGGCUCGGAGCCGGUGAGCAGCAGCAGCGUGUCCACGGAGGCGCGCUCGGCGUCCGAGGCCUCGUCCAAGGAGGCGCUGCAGGCCAUGAUCCUCAGCCUGCCGCGCUACCAGUGCGAGAACCCGGCCAGCUGCAAGUCGCCCACGCUGUCCACCGACGUCAUGAGGAAGAGGCUGUACCGCAUCGGCCUCAACCUCUUCAACGUGAACCCCGACAAGGGCCUUCAGUUCCUGAUAUCUCGGGGGUUCAUACCGGACACACCCAUAGGCGUGGCUCACUUCCUGUUGCAGAGGAAGGGGCUGAGCCGGCAGAUGAUCGGAGAGUUCCUCGGCAACAGCAAGAAGCCGUUCAACAGAGACGUCCUGGACUGUGUGGUGGAUGAGAUGGACUUCUCUGGCAUGGAGCUGGAUGAGGCUCUACGGAAGUUCCAGGCUCACAUCCGCGUCCAGGGCGAAGCUCAGAAGGUGGAGAGGCUGAUCGAGGCGUUCAGCCAGCGCUACUGCAUGUGUAAUCCGGACGUGGUGCAGCAGUUCCACAACCCGGACACCAUCUUCAUCCUGGCCUUCGCCAUCAUCCUCCUCAACACGGACAUGUACAGCCCAAACAUCAAGCCCGACCGCAAGAUGAUGCUGGAGGACUUCAUACGCAACCUGAGGGGGGUGGACGAUGGCGCCGACAUCCCGCGGGACACGGUGGUGGGGAUCUACGAGCGCAUCCAGCUGCGGGAGCUGCGCUCCAACGAGGACCACGUCACCUACGUCUCCAAGGUGGAGCAGUCCAUCGUAGGCAUGAAGACGGUGCUGUCGGUGCCCCACAGAAGGCUGGUCUGCUGCAGCCGUCUGUUCGAGGUGACGGACGUCGGCAAGGCCCAGAAGCAGGCCGCCCACCAGAGAGAGGUGUUCCUCUUCAACGACCUCAUCGUGAUUUUGAAGCUGUGUCCGAAGAAGAAGAGCUCUGCAGCGUACACCUUCUGUAAAGCCAUGGGCCUGCUGGGCAUGCAGUUCCACCUGUUUGAGAACGAGUACUACCCCCAUGGCAUCAGCAUCCUGUCCCCCUUCGGCUCGGACAGGAAGCAGGUGCUCAACUUCUGCGCUCCGAGUGCUGAGGAGCUGCUCAAGUUCCUGGAGGACCUGAAGGAGUCCAUCGCAGAGGUGUCCGAGAUGGAGCAGAUACGCAUCGAGUGGGAGCUGGAGAAGCAGCAGGGCUCCAAGACGCACUCUGCAAAGAACAACGGCACCCAGCUGGAGCUAAGGGCCAUGCAGGGCUCCCCAUCAGGUCAUCAGGACAUCCUGGACAGAAGUGGGCACAACGCAGUAGAGGUGUCAAUCCAAAACAGGCUUCAGACGCACCGGCUCAGCUGCAGCCCGGAGCCGAGCCCCGGGAGCGCGGGCCCUCCUAGCCACCAGGGGGCGCUCUUCAGGCCGGAGUCGCCCCAGGGCCCCGUGCCCCCCCCCCAGCAUCACACGCCGCUGGCCGCGGUGGCGGCGGCGGCGCCGGGCGUGGCCCCGGGCACCCCCACCCACCACCACCUCCACCAACUGCACCAACACCAGCUGCACCUGCACCAGCUCCACCUGCAGCAGCAGCAGCAGCUCCACCCCCUGGGGGCCCCCCCGGCGGCGGCCGUCAGCCUGGGGGACCUGCGCCCUGAGGCGCUGCACAUCCAGUGCCAGCAGAUCGUCAAGGUCCUGGUGAUGGACGGCGCGGGGGGGCACGGCCACGUGGAGGCCUUCCUCAGCCAGACGCCCCACCCCCACCAACACCUGUACCACCACCAGCCCUACCCCCACCACCACCACCACCACCUGCACCCCAGCCUGCAGCCGCACCCCCUCCUCCACCACCACCACCACCAGCCCUACCACCACCACAGCCUCCACCAGCUCAGCCAGCCCGCCGCCGCCGCCGCCCCCGACGAGCAGCAGCCCCCGCUGCCGCCGCCGCCGCCGCCCUACAACCACCCCCACCAGUACAUCCCCCCCCCGGACCCCCGCCUCGGCCUGGCCCGCACCCCCAGCGGCUCCCAGAGCAUGCUGUGAGCAAAGACCCGGAACCGGAACCGGGCCUGGAUUCCCUCUCCCAGCAAAGACCUGCACACUCAUUUAUAUACACGCAUAUAUAUGUACACAAAUAUAUGUAUAUAUAUGUGUGUAUAUACAUGCACUGAUACAGCUCACACACGCACACAGUGUACAGUGAUACAGCUCACACACGCACACAGUGUACAGUGAUACAGCUCACACACGCACACAAACACAACGCAAGUAUGUACGCCGAUACCUGCUUAACCAACCACACCCCCCCACCUUAUUCUACCAAAUUAUACAUUAUGUACAUAUAUACAUACAGAAGAUAGAAGAAUAGGAUUAUGAAAUCACAAUGUAUAUGCAUAUAUUUAAGGUAAAAAUGAAACAAAAGAGAAUGAAGAUUUUAAAUAGUUGCUGAGAAUUCAAUGAAUUGCUGAUAUAACGUUUUACGUUUAUGUAUUUUGAAAUAUUAGGUAGUUUUAACAAAUUUCUAUAACUUUACUUCAUUUUUUUGCCAGUUUAAACUCUUUGAUGCUCGAAAAAAGAAAAAACCACGUUAGUUGCGGGCAGAUUUCCUCGUAGUCUGGGUACGACGUCCGAUCCCAAAAACAGGAAUAUUUUUAGAUGGAUUGGUGAUGGAUUGCAUCUCUUUGUGGACCGCUUGAUUUCACUUUUAUCAUCCCUAACCUCAUGUCUACUCAGUACUACAGUGUGUGUGUGUGUGUGUGUGUGUGUGUGUGUGUGUGUGUGUGUGUGUGUGUGCAUAGUUUUUUGUAAAUGCGUGCAAGUCAAAUAUAUAUAAGCCUCCACGAGAGAAAAGAGUGGAUGCACUCGCCUCUAUACUAGGGCUAGGGUAACAAUUAAAACAUAAAAAAAAUAUUCUGCUGCUUUCAGUAAUUGUAUCUUUUGCCCGCUUUUCCUUUACAAGGGGCCCAAAAAAAAGGAUAAAUUAACAAUGGUGACGAAGUCUCACAGAACAUUGUCGGAACUUCAAGACCCGGCUCCUUGUUUUGCGAUUUAACUAAUGUGUUACUUUGGAUGAAAAACAUUUUCCUCCCCUCAGCGGUUUUUUGGGAGAAAACGACCCCCGGUGUUUGUCUGUCACGCUGCUUCCCGUCUUGUUGUGCUUCUCUUCUAUCGUCCUCCACUAUCCGAACGUCUGUCACGCUCAGAGGAUUCUCUGACACACAGACGGAGAGCGAAGGCAACUAAUAAUACGGCUUCAUCACCGCCAAACCAAAUCACCCCAGCGCCCACCUGAUGAACCUCAUCACUAUGGUUACCACGUUAUUGUUUGACUGGUACGCUUCCUGUUUGCUGUGGUGACCUUCUGCCAGGCCUUUGUGUUCGUGUUGGGAACGGAUCGUCUGAAUAUUUGCCAUUUGGCUCCACUGAGGAUCACCAAGAAGCUGUACUUAUUGAGAUGUUGAGAAUCUAUUUAUUAUUUUUAUCUUUUUUAUCUAUUUAUUUAUUUAGUUGUAUAUUUAUUUAUUGGUGUUUGUAUUUAUUUAUUUAUUAGUUGUUCGGCAUAGAUUCAUAUUGACACAAUAUUGUGUUUGUGUGAGUGUUGUGUAUCCAUUUGAAUCUGCUAAAAUCCUGAAUUCAUAAACCACCAUUUGAUUCCAGUCUCCACAACUCUUUUUUUAUCUUUUUUUUUCGUUCCCCAGAUAACCUUCCCAUGUGACAUUUUGAAAAAAGUUAAGAGUUUUCUCUGAUCUGAGAGAUGCACACACACAAACACACACACCAAGCUCCUGUGUCAAAAUGCCGCCUCCAUGAAUCUGAUGGCCCGUGUUCUUGCUGAAUGCUCGAUGUGGGGGGAGGCGGGGGUAUAUCUGAUGCCCUCUGCUGCCCCAGACCCAGUGUAUUGUAAAGAUCACACCAGCGGGGGUCAGACGGACAGGUGACCUGGAGACCAUGCUGCGGGGGGCGGGUCCUUCUGAGGGAGGGCUACCUCCUGAUUGGCUGAAUCUCUGAACGCGUGCUUCUCUCUUGUCAACCUGAGAUGUUGAUUUCUAAUCCCUGAUCGCUAGACGGUCUCUGUCCCCUUUCUGCAUUGUACCACAAAACAGAAGGAUCGAGGCUCUGUGUGUGUAUGUGUGCAUCUGUGCGUGUGUGUAUGUGUGCGCACGAAUGUGUGUGUGGGACACACACACAAUGACCUUGUAUAAUUAAUAAGAGCGUUUAUAAAAUAACGAUUCACAAAGUGGCGGUUCUAUCUAGUUGUUCCAACACGACAUCGAUCGAUGGAUAGAUGAUCGACCGAUCGAUGGAUCGAUGGAUUAAGGAUGUCCACAUCACUGCUGCUGUGAGUUCCACGGUACACGCGGUGUUUUGCUUGUUUUGAUUUUAUUUAGAAGAAUGCGAUGGUGUGCCCAUGCAUGGCUCUGCUCUGGGGAACCGAGGCCUAACGAACUAACUGUGAUCCCACUAAGUCUCUCUAGAGACUUCAUUUUUCUUGUGCAUGACUGAAUUUGUUGCCCGUUUAAAGAACAGAGAGACACUAGCUGAUCCCUGGGGGGCGUCCCGCGUCGUGGGCAGGACAGUAAGCUUCCUUGAGUUCCGGUCAGGAGCAUUUAAAAACAACCCGUCCUAAAUAGAAGUUUGAUUAUAUAAAAAAAAUGAGGAUUAAAAAAACAGCUGAAAACAGAUUUACUUUGUAGUUACACUGGGACUGUUAGUUUGGUUUAAACACAAAAGAAAAUCUGUCUACCAGCUGUUACAUUACAUUUAAUUAAUAGCCUACAUUAGCUUAUUAUUUUAGUUUAAUUAGGUCAGCUGUCACUCUUUCAUUUGGUGUUAUGUCAUUUUAGCCCUUGGGAAUAAUUAUAAUGUUUUGUUUCGGGAGUGUAGGCAUUUCUCUUGCACACGCUGAUGGUUUUACAAUCAAAUCCAUUAAUGAAGUAAGUUGUUGAAAGAAAUAAAGAGAUUCUUUCACUGCACUUUAGAGGGAAAAAAAUACAUAGAUGUGCUAACAAAUAAAACACACUUUUAGAUAUGUAUUUGUAAAAAAAAACAGUCUCAAGGUCGCAUUGAAAUGGACGCCCUGCGUCACAGUGUCAUCUCUGACCCAGGGUAUCCAUCUGAUUUCAUGUCACGGGGUUGUGCAUUUUGUGUGUGAGAAAUGAACGAGUGAUCUGUUGUUCCUGUGUGUUUAUACCUUCCAUUUCCAAAUGUAAACACAAUGUUGCAGACAACAGCAGUCCUCCGUCUGUCCUCUCCCUUCUCUCUGUCUAUCAGUCGACUGCUCCUCGACGGCACUCUGUCCUGUUCCAAUACUUAACAAAACGGACAGAGCUGCGUUUGAGCAGUACGUCAAUAUUACCCAGAUGACGUUCUGAGUCAAAAGAUGAGAAUAUCACAGAGUGGCACGCAGUAGCCCCACGGUACCGCUGAACCAGAGCGUAGGAUCUGUGAACCAAAGGGCUCCGUAAGGCCAACGCACGCCACUGCGCGCCCUCCCUCCUGGGUUUGUAGCAGCACUGUGUUCAUAGGAAGGGAGAUGUAUGGGCAGGACUCAUGUUUAAGUACAAAUCACAUGACAGACUCUCCCAGCCAUGAGCUGCCUUCGUUAGCUUUGGCUCGCUCCCCUACCUGUCCAUGGAGUACUAUAUCAACAUGCUAUUAAAGAAUUAUUUCAGUCUAUUCACCAAA